CAUAGUUUUAGGUGAUAUUCUACAGUGGUUUAACAAAAACCACCCUAAACUCUGGGAUUCAUUGAAAUCAUACAUUCACGUUCCUGUUUUCAUUCAAUGGUAAGAUUAUUCAUUCAGUUUACGUUAAGAAAUACAGUCAAAAACGUUAAUCUACAGGUUAUUUUAAACCUAAUAUAUAGCCAUUGCCGAAUAUAUACAAAAAUUGGUUAGUAUAGUACUAAAAAUCAGGAUAUUAAGAAGAUAGAACAUUGUUAGUAAUAAUAUAAGGAAAACACCAUAAAUAUCAAUAUAUGAGCACUUAAGGCCAAAUCCUAGAAAGUAAAAAAAACCCGUUAGAUGUGAUGCUUUAUAUGGCAACUUUUGUCCGGUUAUAUUGCGAUGAUAAAUAAUCUAAAUCAAAAAGCGAUCCGAAGAGAUGUGAUAACCAUUUUCUAUAGUAUGGAAAGGGAGAAGAGAAGGAAUCAGUAAAUUUGUUAUAUUAAACACCUCCCAUAAGCUUCAUAUUGAUAGCAUUCUGAUGAAAGUAGAAAGUCAUCUAAAGGUCUUAUAUCUUUUGAUAACUUGAUUCAUAUAGAAGGCACAAAAUGAAAACUUAUUCAAGUGUUAAAAUCAGUUUUAGCUGGAUAUAACCUAAGAAUAGAAUUUCUGAGUGUGAAGCUUGGCAUACUGCUAGUAAGGAAACGGCGGAAAACUGCAAGGGAAUAUCACUAAAUAACUACCAGAAUUCUACACGAGGAAACUAAAACCCUCUAUUCUUUGAUGAUGAUUUUCUACAUUUUGGGAAACUGUCCUCUUUUGUCACUAUCGGUUUGACGUUCCUAUUUUCUUUCCAUAUUUAUAAUAUACGUUGAUGUUUUGAAACGCUUUGUUUUGUUGAUAAUGAUUUGCAAUCCAUUACAUCAUCAAAGAAAAAUACCACAAGAUAAAAAUGAGAAACUAAUGGUUUUUCUGCAUCAGAAACUAGCAAGGAUAAACAUUAAUGAUGACACAUUAGCAAUACUAAACCGGUCUUAUUUUGAAAUAAGAUAAAUGUUAUGUUCUCAUUCCAGCAGUAGCAGACGGACUUCUAAUAUCUUUAACAAAAUCAAAACAAAAAUUUUCAUAGUGUAGAUAAGUCUUCUUUUUCAAUUGCCUUUAUCAAUUUUGUUCCAAGUUAGCUUUUUGUUAAGCUACCAUUGAACAAAUUUGAAACGCAAAGUACAAUAAGCGAUCUGAAAAGAUGGACGUUGGUGGAGACCGAUGCAAGCUUCUCUUCUAAAUCCUGAGAUUUGAGUCUUUAUUCCAAGAACUCAUUUUCUUUAGCGGAGGAGACGAGAUGCCAUACACCAAGCAAGAAAUCAUACAACCACACAAAAUAACAAAGCCUCACACCACCAUAGUCACAAGAAAUCAACACCUCUAAAACAGAGGGCGCAAUUACUAAUGUUGAAUCCCAACAUCACUUGAUACAAGGCAUAAUCGUCCACCGGAAAGUCACACCAAAACGACAACAAAAAAACAAAAACCAAACACAAAAAAUCAACUUAAACUUGAAAAGACAAGGAGGAUGAGACCCUCUCACAGCACCGGUGUGGAAAGCCGGACUGAAAAGGACCUCAGAUCUGAAAAAAACGAAAAAAGUAUUUUAAUGGCAGAGAGAAAUAUCGCCUAAUAGUUACGUUGAUCAUAAUUCAAACAAAACAAAUUAUUGUUUCCAGAUAAAAUCUUAACGAAUUUAACAUUGCAUGUGCAUUCCACGUUUGAGGGGAACUGAUCCUUGACUUAUACUUAGAUGUAUGUGUUACUUCACCAAAUGCAUACUAUAAAUAUUUCCAAUCACGUCGAGCAUUUCGAGUAUUGUAUAUUAAUUUGGAGUUAGUCUUUGACCAAUAUAAUUGUGUUACAACUUAAUAUAUGAAAUUUAAUAAUUAUAUCUAAAAUCUCGAUCGCUUAACAAUAUAUAAAUUAUGAAAUUUAAUUACUUAAAAUAUACGUAUCAUUAUGGCAUAUCACGAAAGAAAAAAACAAGAAAAAAAAAAGUUUGAAGAAACAUGAUGAGAUCCUUGUUGGAAAAGGAUUUUGUUUUCUCCAAUAUAUAUUAGGAAUUGGUUUAAUGAUGCCGACCCUCGGUAUUCUUAUAAAUACGUACACUUAUAACCCUCGAAGAAAGCAUCCCAAUUACAAAAUAACAAAUUGCUCAAAAUCAAAAGCACGUACGAAGAAGAGAAAAGAUGUCGCUGUCGUUUUCACAAACGAAGUUACUGGUAAUCCUUGUGGCCUUUGCAUGCGUCUUCUCAACAGGCUCAGAGGCAUGGAGCUGGAGUUGGAGCUCCGGUUCAGGCUCAGGCUCGGGUUGGGAAUCCCACGGCUCAGACGGAUCAGCCUCAGGUUCGGGUACAAACCCUGAUGGUUCGCACUGGAGUUGGAGGUGGGACACACGGUCAGGCUGGAGAUGGAGGUCAGACUCAAACCAUACGAAGCCAGGCUCAUCGAACCAUAACGUUACGAAGCCUGAAGGCUCAUCAAAUCAUAACGUUACGAAGCCAGGCUCAUCGAACCAUAACGUUACGAAGCCUGAAGGCUCAUCAAAUCAUAACGUUACUAAGCCAGGCUCAUCGAACCAUAACGUUACGAAGCCAGGCUCAUCGAACCACAACCAUAACGUUACAGUGCCAGGCUCAUCGCACCAUAACCAUAAUGAAACGAAGCCAGGCUCAUCAAAACAUAACGAUUCGAGGUCAGGCUCAGACGAUAACGAUUCAAGCAACCCGGUCUUUGCAACACCAAGUGAGGUCGUAGUGGGAGGAUCACGUGGAUGGAACUACGGGGUGGAUCUUGAAGAAUGGGCUUCCAAGACUACUUUCCAUGUCGGCGAUGUUCUUGUUUUCGAGUACAACAAUAUGACAAACCAAAGACAUGACGUGUACUUGCAAACAAAUCUGUGGAGUUACAGGACCUGCAACUUCGAAAGUAGAAAUAAGAUUGCUUCAUCGGAGGAGAACGGAUCUAAAGAGAGCUUCAAAUUUACGCUAGCAAUGUCACAGCCUUACUCUUUUGCAUGCGGAGAGAAUAACGGCUAUUAUUGCCGUACCUAUAACAUGAAGUUCAGUGUUCUCCCAGGCGCCUGAGUCCUCUCGUCUAUCCGACUCAACUCUUUUGCCUCUUUUGCUUUUUUUUUCUUAAUGCAAUAUUAUUAGUGUUGCUAUUUUUUAUUAGUUAAGGUUUUCUUAUUACAUAAAGAUUUUGAAGAGUUAAUAACUAGAUGACUUCCCAUUAAAUAUUACUUGCGGUAAGUAAGUUUUGUACAUAAUUAAAAUUUAUAAAAAUUUCGAUUAAUCACAUUUGUUGAUAAAAACACUCAACAAUAUAAGAUUAAUUUCAAGACAUUUUGAAAUAUAUGUGAUGUUCAACUUUAUACUUUAGCUUUAUUUAUUUUAAAUGACUAACCUUAACCAAAUGAUGUAGUUUUAUUUUUUAAGUUAAAGCCUAGCUACAUCUUCUACAACUUUUUUUGUUCAUGUUUUUUUUUUCUUUUUCAAAACAACAGUUAAAGUGAUUUAAAAGUUGUAAUAUUUUUUACAGCAAAACAACAUAGAAAUACAAGAAAAAAAAACAAAGACUAAAUCUUACAUCUAAACUUCUAAAUAUAUAGUCCAACCUUUUUUUGGUUCCUCACAUUUCAAAAGAAAAAAUUGGGUACAAUAAGAGCAAAGUAGCCACUAGUUGUUUGACAAACAAAAACUGACAGAAAGCAGUACGUAGCCAAACUAUUACCGAGUUCGUCAGGACAUUGUGUCACCGUAAGCCCACAUGUCUAGCAAUAAUUUGAUUUCUAUCCAGCAACCUAAUUUUAAACCUUGCGUUUUCCACGUUGGGUCAGUACCUAAGAUAUUUUGAGCCCAAUAUGAAAUUAAAAAUAAGGCUUUUAAAUCAUACAUAAAAUUUUUGAUCUAUAAAAACUCAAAUUUAUGGUAAAAAUUA